CUUGUAAACCAUAGGAAGGGCAUUUUGUCAUAUACACUACCCUUUGCGUGCAGCACAGUGGACGCCAGACCUACCAAAACGUGACAGUCCCUCGACAGUAGGCCCCCGGCAAGUUUAUACGUUUUAUUGCCACACACCUCAAUGAUACUCUGGGAUGAUCUCAAGGGGCAAAGAAAAGGAUCGUUUAAUAAAAGCGAACGAUUCAUCAUACAACACUCAAUUCAAUUAUGCUACGAACUACAUAAAAACGUCCAAAUAUUCUCUGCUAACAUUCUUGCCGUUGAAUUUGUUCGAACAAUUUCAGCGAUUAGCCAAUUUUUAUUUUCUCUGUCUAAUGAUGCUGCAAAUGAUAUCUAUUAUUUCUUCAUUGACGCCAAUCACUACGUCCAUUCCUUUGGUCGGUGUCCUUACCAUCACUGCCAUAAAAGACGCUUACGACGAUUACCAAAGGCACGUCAACGACAAUCAGGUAAACAACCGUAUAUCAAAAACGGUAAAAAACGGUCACGUUGUAAACGUGAAAUGGAAAGACGUGCACGUUGGAGACGUUAUCUUGAUGGAAGAUGGUCAGUUCGUUGCCGCCGACGUUCUGCUGUUGUCUACAAGCGAACCAAGUGGUCUGUGUUUCAUAGAAACAGCUGAAUUAGAUGGAGAAACCAAUCUCAAAUGCCGGCAGUGUCUAGCCGAAGUGGCGCAACUGGGCCACGAUGUGGUCAAUUUUAACGGCCUUAUACGGUGCGAAAAACCGAACAAUUUGCUCAAUAAGUUUCAUGGUGUAUUGCAAUGGAACGACAAAGAAUUGAUCUUAAACAAUGAUCACAUUAUAUUAAGAGGCUGUGUUCUCAGAAACACCGAAUGGUGUUAUGGUAUGGUAAUAUUUGCAGGCCGAGACACAAAAUUAAUGCAAAAUUCAGGAAAAUCUCAAUUUAAGCGUACCUCCAUUGAUAGACUGCUCAACUAUCUCAUUAUUGGAAUUGUUCUGUUCUUAUUUGUAUUAUGUAUGUCUUGUAUGAUUGGUUCAGCUUUAUGGGAAUAUAAAACGGGAUGGUUCUUUCAGACAUAUUUACCAUGGGACGCAUUGGUACCUACUGAUAGAUUAUUUGGGUCCAUAACCGUAGGUACUUUAGUGUUUUUCUCUUAUGCUAUCGUACUCAAUACAUUAGUGCCAAUUUCACUAUACGUGAGUGUCGAAGUAGUACGAUUUGUGCAAAGUUUUUACAUAAAUUGGGAUAAGAAAAUGGUUGAUAAAGAGACGGGUAUAUCAGCCAAAGCCAGGACGACUUCUUUAAAUGAAGAACUUGGACAGAUACAGUAUAUAUUAUCAGAUAAAACUGGUACCUUGACUAAGAAUAUAAUGACAUUCAACAAGUGUUCGAUAAAUGGGAUCGUCUAUGGCAAUCAAGACGAGUAUCAAUACGGAAAAUCCGAGGAGAUGGUCAAGACCUGCACUGACAAGCAAAUUCCAUCAGCCGCCUUCAAGAGUCAUAAAGAAAGUAUAGAUCAAGUGGACCAUAGAAGAGUAACUAUAAACUCUCCGUUGCACCGGGUCGGUCCUCCACCAGUGGAUUUAUCGUGGAAUCACUUUUAUGAACACGAUUUUUUAUGGUUCGAUCAAAAUCUUGUAGAUGUUAUCAGAAGUAAUUCUAUGGCUGACAAAAAUACAGAAAAUGCAGUUUUAACAUUUUUUGAACUUCUUGCUUUAUGUCAUACAGUUAUGCCAAACUGGAAGAACGGUGUUCUAAAAUAUCAAGCUCAAUCGCCUGAUGAAUCAGCUUUGGUAACAGCGGCUAGAAAUUUUGGCGUUGUGUUUAUGGAGAGAACACCAAAUACUGUGACAAUCGAAGUAAUGGGCGAGAUUAGAGUUCAUGAACUUCUUUGUAUUCUCGAUUUUAACAACUUCAGACGUCGCAUGUCAGUGGUAUUUAAGGAAAAUGGUAAAAUACGACUUUACUGUAAAGGUGCCGAUAGCGAGUUAUUUGAGAGAUUAGAAACAGGGAAUGAUAAUUAUAAAUCGUUGACUUAUCAUCAUUUAAAUGAAUUUGCUGGAGAUGGUCUACGGACGCUUUGUUGUGCUGUAAGAGAUAUAGAUGAAGAAUUUUUUGAGGCUUGGAAACGAAGGUACAUGGAAGCCGCUUCAUCAAAAUCGGACCGUGAAGAGAAGCUUAAUAAAGUUUAUAACGAAAUUGAAACUAAUCUUAAACUAAUCGGUGUUACUGCCAUUGAAGAUAAAUUACAAGAUGCCGUUCCUAAAACUAUAACAAAUUUACUGUUAGCAGGAAUACAUGUAUGGAUUCUUACGGGAGAUAAACAAGAAACUGCAAUUAAUAUUGGUUACUCUUGUAGUCUUUUAAAUGAUAACAUGGAACUUUUAAUUGUUGAUGGAAGCACUCAGGAUCAAGUGGAAAAUCAACUCAAUCAAUGUAGUAAUGCAAUUUCAAAUAAAGAAGAAUAUCAACGUUCGGGUAGAAAUAGUAUGGCUACAAGUAUUGUGAGAUUUAGUGAACCAGAUGAUGGCCAGCAAGUUAACGAAGAAGAACAUUUAGAGUAUGCCUUAAUUGUUAAUGGUCAUUCUUUAGUACAUGCCUUGCACACUGAACUCGAAAAGAUAUUUGUCGAUUUAUGCACAAACUGUAAAGCUGUAAUAUGUUGUCGAGUUACACCACUGCAAAAAGCAAUGGUUGUACAAUUGAUCAAAAAAUACAAAAAUGCCAUAACUUUAGCCAUUGGCGAUGGUGCCAAUGAUGUAUCAAUGAUUAAAGAAGCUAAUAUAGGUGUAGGAAUAACUGGUCAAGAAGGCAAUCAAGCUACGCUGGCCUCAGACUACUCCUUAUCACAAUUUCGAUUUUUAGAAAGAUUACUUCUUGUACAUGGUAGAUGGUCUUACUACAGAAUGUGUAAAUUCUUUCGAUAUUUUUUUUACAAGAACAUUGCUUUUACAUUGUGUCACAUAUGGUUCGGAUUUUACUGUGGAUUUAGUGCCCAGACUAUUUUUGAUCCAUUUUAUAUAUCUGUUUACAAUAUGUUCUAUACGGCUCUGCCCGUUUUGGCUAUCGGAGUAUUAGAUCAAGAUGUAAGUGAACGCAAAAGUGUUGCAUAUCCUAAACUUUAUACUCCAGGGUUAAAAAAUAUGUAUUUCAAUACUAAAGAAUUUUUCAAAUGUGCUGCUCUGGGCACAUAUGCCUCUCUAGUGAUAUUUUUUGUACCAUACGGUACAUACUUUUAUGGCAUGACGUCCGAUGGUUUGAAUGUUUUAGAUCAUAUGUAUAUGGCAGAAGUAGUGGCUAUGAUACUUGUAACAGCUAUGACAGUUCAAGUAGCUUUUGAUACAUCAUAUUGGACCAUUAUAAAUCAUAUAGUGAUAUGGGGUUCACUAGUGAUGUUUUUUAUAGCAGAAUAUGCUUAUAAUUAUAUCUUUGGUGGAUAUUAUGUUGGCUCGUUGACUAUGGCUAUGAAGCAACCCACCUUUUGGCUGGUUACAUUUUUAGUAGUAGUAGUGAUUGUUGUACCCGUAAUAGCUUGGAGGCUGUAUCUAUUAGAAACCAGACCCUCGCUCGUAGACAAAUUACGUUUGAAGCAAAUAUCUCGAUCUAAGCAAGUUUCUGAAGAUAUGCUUCAGUCAGUAUCAGUAAAGCAUAAAAGGCGUUCAAUCAGAUCGGGUUAUGCUUUUGCUCACCAGGAAGGGUUUGGUCGACUUAUAACAAGUGGUAAAAUAAUAAGAACGCCAAGAAACAGUGAAGGCAACAUCAACAGGAAAAACUCUGACAUUUCCGACAUAACCGUUUAAUAAAUUUUAUUAAACGAUUAACAUUUAAUGUUAAAUUUGUCUAUUGACUUUACCCUUAACAGAUGAUGUUUAAUCGUGUUUUUAAUGUUUACUAUUUUUUUAAUAAUUUUAUUAAAAAAUAUAAUGAUGUUAUAAUAAUAUUGUUGAUGCUAUUGCAGUGACUCAUUACGAAU